CGCUCUGGCCGAGUAUAGGCGCCGAGGCGGUAAGAUGGCUCUGAGCUCCCGGUCGCCAGAGUCGGGGUUCGGCGGCGGAGAGAAGAUGCGCCAGGGGGCCCUUGUCUCCACCGGCCCCUCCCUGGAGUUAUGCACGAUCCCUUCCACCCUGGGCUCCUCGGUCGCGGCCGACGCGCUGGAGCAGCUCUUUGUUGUGGAAAAAGCGCUGCAAAGUGACUAUUUUAAAUGCAACGAGGAAGCUAAGACCUUUCUUAAGGACAUUGCUAUAGCUGUUAAGAAAUUGGAAGAAAUGAGAAAAACCACCAUAGAUCUUCUGGAAAUUGAAAGCAUGGAACUCAGUAGACUAUAUUUUCUACUGGAAACUCUUCCCACUAACAUUAACAGCGAACUGGAAGAAUGUGUCAGAGAUGCUCGCAAAUUAAAUCUUUGUGAGAAAAAGAAAUUACAAACAAAAGUCACAAACCAGAAUAAUGAAAUACAGCUUCUGGAGGGGACAAUAAUUGAUAUGAAAAUAAAGAAUGAAGAACUGGGUGAAAAGCAACAGAAGCUGCUGUGCCAGCACGAAAAGUUAGUCCUGUCCCUCAAUCACGCAAUGGCACAAAAAGCCCUAAUCACAGUCUUCAUCAAUGAGACUUAUACCAAAAUAAAGAUGGAGAAAGAAGAAAUAGAAAAGCAAAAAAGAUCUGCUCAGGAGGUAGAAGAGCAAAUAGAAAGAGAAAAAGUAGAAUAUUUGCAAAAUAAGCAAAAAUUGAAUGAUCAGAUUGAAGAACAAAGAAAACUCUAUGACCUUAAGAAAGAGGAGACUUAUAAAGUAAAGAAAGAAUUGAAAAAAUUGAGGAGCAAAGUGACAAAUAUAAAAGAAACAGUUGCUACCAAGACAGUGGUUAUUAGCGAUCACACUUUAGAAAUAAGAGAACUCCAGGAAUCAAUAAAAUAUUGGGAAGAAAAGGUGGAAGAGAUGAGGAACUCUUUUAAAAUCCUGGAGGAUAAGAUUAAUUUUUUUGUGACUAGCAAGGAAAAAUUGGAAACUGCAUCAAGUAUUGGAAAAGAAGAAUAUUUGCAGAAGAUAAAAGAGACAGCUGAAAAACUGAAACAUGUUCGUAUCAAUAACAAAGAACUACAGGAGAAAUUAAACACUGUAACCAGACAAUAUAAGAUUGUCUUAAAGGAUGAGAAAAAUGAUUUUAUGUGGAAACAGAAGUUAGCUGACGAAAAUAAGAAACAACUGGAUUUCAUAACUGAGAAAGAAAAAUUUCUAUUAAAAAGAAAAAUGGACAUCAAAAAUAUGGAAGAAGGACUCAUCACACUGAAAGACCUUCUUAGAGCGACACAGGAACUAUAUCGAAAGCAAGUAAGAAUCCUGAGUGAUAACAUGCAAAGAGAAUAUCAGAGAUGUAUUUUGACUCAGUGGAAAAUAGCUACUAUCCGAAAACGACAUGAACGUUGGUUAAUAGCCCAACAGAAUGCAUUACAAGAUGUUAUAAAAAAAAUUCAUUUUGCAGAACAAAGACAAGCUGAUUUAUUACAACAGGUCAGUUUUAGAGAAAAACAUAUCAAUGAUUUUUUGGCAGAGAUUGAAGCCCUUACAGCAAAAUUAAAACAAGAGGAGGAGCAAUCUGUUUUCAAAGAAAAAGAGUUAAUGCGCGAGUUGAGCAAGUAUCAGAAAAGAGUUGAGAAGGAAGUACAAAGUACCAAAGUAAAAGAAGAACAACUUGACGAGUGUCUUCCACACCUUCAAGUGGCAGAAGAAAAUUUUACAAGCAGAAACAAAGAACUGGAAGAGCUCCGUGUUGUUCUCCCAGAACUGAUGAGGGAGAAGUGUUUACUGGACAUGUCCAUUUCUCAGUGCUUAAGGGACUUUUCAGGAUACUCGUUCAGUACGGAUAAUGUGAAGGAAGAAUUGAAACAUUUACGAGAGCAAGAAAGCCGUAAAAUCAAAAAUCACCUUGAAAUACUGAAGGAAUUAGAAAAUGAAAUCUAUGUAUAUGACCUAAAAACUGAUGCUUUGCUCCUGGAAAAUGAAAGAUUAAAAAAAUAUAUUGCAUAUAUGAAGAAGAUCACAGCGCAAUACAAAGAAGGAAAAGGAGAUCUCCUCCACCGCUCAAGUCACCUGUCUUGGGAACUGAUAUCUCAUCACACACAAUAUAUGGGUUUGUGGAAUGAAUAUCACGUCACAGUUAAGGAGUUGGUCAAUGAUGGUGAUGAGAUCUUGAAAGAAGUAAAAACUCUAACAGACAAGCUACAUAUAAGAGAUGAAAAAAUUGAGUCUAUCAGGAUUUGGUUGCAAGGGAAUCUUCAAGAGCUGUGUUUUCUUAUGGACAAGGAAUCAGAAACAAACCUUAAACAGAAGGAAAAGAGCCAGAUUAAAAAAACCCACGUUUCAGAGGCUGAAUGUACUAUGAAAAAGAUAUCAACAAAGAAAAUCUAGUAAGAUAACUUCAGGUGAAUUCAAAAGGCAUAAACAAAAUGACAGAAAACAAAAGUAAUAAUUUGAAGAUGUCUUCAAACAAACUACCUAUGAACAGAAAACCUGUUAAAUAAGUUAUGCUCUAUUUUUCUAAUAGAUCAAAAUACUGUUGUCGGUGAAAAUAAAUAGGUAACAAAACAACAUAUUUUACUUCCAUGUU